AUUUCAGAUGACGUUACUCAAAAUAGAUCUGGUUCGUGUCAGAGAGUGAAAAUGGAAGAGGGCGUUUGCUCGGCUGUGUUGAAGUGAUUAGAAGGCGAAUCUACAUAUUUUAUUUAAAAAAAAAAACGCAGGGCUCGCCAUAUUUGUUUAAUUACCAAACCCGUUCACUAAACUUUCCAAUGUCCGUUUCUCGGGAAUCUCUUAUCUCAUCCUUUUCCAGCUACGCAUCGAGUUGGGUGUUUGGGGUUGGCUGAGCCAGGGUAGGACAGCAAAUAAAGAGUCUUUUAAAACAAGACAUCGUCACCAAUCGAUGUCCAGUUACAAAUCGCUGUCUGAUUUCAUCCGAUUUGAUUUGAAAGAAAAAUUCAUCUUUUGGGUAGUUGAUUAAGUAGUGCCGAAUGCUAAUUGAAGCACUCAUUCGUUGUCAUGAAUCUGACUAAGUGUCUCGUGGCGUUAUUCAGCUUUAUCCUAGUGUUGCCGUUGUACGCGGCACCUCAAGGCGAACCUGAAGAGAGCGACGAAUUAGUGGACUACGAAGAAUAUCAACAAGACGAAAGACCCAAAGGAGAUAACUAUGUACUUCAGUAUGUAGGUCCACGCCAGAAAGCGGAACGUUUGUUCAAGGUGAUGGCAUUAAGCAAAGGUACAAGCCGAGGUGUAAGCCAAAGUGUAAGCCAAAGUGAUGAACAGAACCUCAAGACGAUGAACCAAACCCAAGGAUUAUCCAAGGAUAAUGGAAAUGUAUUUGCCAAUUUAUCGGAUGAAGGCUCGGCCGUCGUCUCUACCGAAUUGAAAACUCCACGCAACAAAUCUGCACUGAUCAGCUUCAAAGGAGGUUGCAUGGAGAAGCCUCCGAAGCCGGCAAAUACUGCCAAUAUAAAAUGCGCUCCAAAUAACGGUCACUGUGAUGUCAAGUGCGUGAAAAACUUCUUUUUCCUGGAUAAAUUGAAGCAAUUGCGAAUCCACUGUGAAGCACCGGGUAUUUGGAAAGUUGGCGACUCGGAAAAAAUACCUGAUUGCGAACCUAUCUGUAUGCCUCCAUGCCAAAAUUUCGGCUUUUGCUCAGCUCCGGAUAUCUGCACCUGUUCAGAAAAUUUUGAAGGACCACAAUGUCAGUUCGCCAAGGAUAAUCUUUGCCAUGAUAAGCCACCAACUUCGAUCAACUCGCAGGUUGUUUGCAACGGGACAUCAGAAUGCAUAUCGACCUGCAACAAAGGAUUUGCUUUUGCCAGUGGAACUACGGAACUGAAAUGGACUUGCGACUCUGGACGUUGGGUGCACUGCCAGCACCAGACGGGAAAGUUUCAGAAAGUUCCUGAUUGCCUGUCCGCAUGUGACCCACCUUGUGAAAACGGAGGAAGGUGCCUGGCUAACAACGUUUGUGAGUGUCCCCAAGGGUUCCGGGGACCGCAAUGCAAUUAUCCUGUGGAGAAUUGCGCCCCUGAGCGAAUGGGCUUCAAUGGUGUCUACAACUGUUCCUGCGGAAGUUCUUCGUUAAGUUGCUGUGUAUUGUGCUCACUGAAUUGUGGUACGGACGGCGUAUUCGAGUUCCCACCGGCUCCUGUUUACUCUUGCGAGUACGCCGAAGCCAAGUUCUUUCCCGAGAUGGUACCGCAGUGUAUAUUUGAGAAUCAGCAGCAGGAGCAGCCAGUCCAGUCUUUCAAAUCCAACUCUACAAGUCAUUCGCAAAUGGUGAUCACGCAAACCUCCGAUAUGGAAUGGACUGGAAAGGAAACAUCCAAUCAAGAAACAGAUUUCUCGGUGGUGUCAAAUGGCUUUCAGGGUUUCUUGGGAUUUAUCCCAAAGAAUCGGAUUUUAAAUAGUGAGAAGGAUAAUUAUAAAGCUACUCGGGACUUGCUGGGCAAGUCAAUGCCCUCACGCUUCAAUUAUGGCUCGAAUUUGUACCAGAAAAAGUAUCACUAUAACAAAUCUGCUCCCCCCUACAAGAACUGAUUCUAAUUCAUUUCUAAAAUGUUAUGCUAGAUCAUUUUUGGCUUGUUGUCUUAAACUCUUAUGUUUAGUUGAUGUAGCACAUACAGAUGAACUCUUCAAAGUUUCGAUAUGAUUUAAUUCAGGGAAUCGCUUAUCGCUGCCUAUUGUGUAAAUGCCACUGCUUCUUUUGAUGCUACCCCCCCUCUCAUGUCUUUAACAAUUUU